CGGGACCUCAAAAUCCCAAAGUCUCUCACACUGGCUGAGACCAACUGCUAACCAGAGUGGGACUUUCUACAAACAUCAGGGACGGAGUUUCAAAGCCCUGCAAUUCCGACCAUAAAAGCCCGGGUACCUUUGGUCUUUUUUUCUGGAUUUUGGAACGGCCCGGAGGAUCCGAAGAUCUGAGGCUGCCCAAAGACUGAUAAGGAAUCUAAAAGCUCUAUAGGCCAAGAUGGACUCUAAGCAAAAUGGCCACACAGAAGUCCACGGACCUGUGGCUGGCAUCUUCAUGGAAAAAACAAGGGAGAAGAUAACCAUAUAUCAAGCCAUGAAGAAACGUCUGCUUAAGCCAGGAACAGCAUUAGCCCUGCUUGAAGCACAAGCCGCCACAGUAGGCAUUGUAGACCCAAUAAACAAUCGAAUACUUCCUGUUGCAGAUGCUGUUAAGGAGGGAAUAGUUGGCACGGAAAUGAAAGAGAAACUCCUCACAGCAGAGAAAGCUGUCAGGGGCUAUUUAGACCCGUACACAAACCAAAUGAUAUCGGUAUAUCAAGCUAUACAAAAAGAUUUAGUUUCAAGAGAUUAUGGAUUGAGACUGCUGGAAGCACAAAUCGCCACACAAGGCUUGUUUGAUCCUGUUGAGAAGUCACAUAUUUCAGUUGAAUCUGCGAUUCAAAAGGGCUACUAUGAAAAAGGUUUGCUCAAUGACCAGAUGUCAGAGCUGAAAGUGUUUUACAAUCCAAGCUUGCAAGAAAAUCUUAACUACCACAACCUGCUAGAGAAAUGCAUGGUGGAGCCUGACACAGGCUUGUUGCUCCUUCCUGUUUGCAUAACCUUCAAAGGUCUGCGAAGAGGUAUUUCCUCCACUGAACUCCUUGCAUCAAAGAUCAUUGACAAAGAAACAUUUGAUGACCUACAGAAGGGAAGGACCACUACACAGGAUGUGAUGUUGAUGGAAACAGUUAAAGAGUACCUGAAUGGCAAAGGCAGUAUCGCAGGCAUUGCUAUACUCUCGUCCAAUCAGAGAAUGAGCAUUUAUCAAGCCAUGAAGAAAGGCAUACUGAUGCCUGGAACCGCACUUGUUCUACUGGAGGCACAAGCUGCAACUGGAUUCAUGAUUGAUCCUGUAGAAAACAAAAUGUUCACUGUGGAUGAGGCCAUCAAAAACAAAGUUUUUGGCCCAGAAUAUUACGCAAAGCUGCGUUCUGCUGAGCGAGCAGUUACUGGAUACAAAGACCCAUACUCAGGUGAAACUAUAUCUCUGUUUCAAGCAAUGAAAAAAGAACUCAUCAUUCUGCAACAUGGAAUACGCCUACUUGAGGCGCAAAUCGCUACAGGUGGAAUAAUAGACCCGAUCAACAGUCAUAGACUACCAACGGAAGUGGCCUUCAAGAGAGGUUAUUUCAAUGAAGAAAUGAAUGCCAUGCUAGAGAAUCCAGGGGAUGACACAAAGGGUUUCUUUGACCCAAACACAGAAGAAAAUCUAACUUACCUUCAGCUGAUGGAAAGGUGUGUCAUUGAUCCCAUCACUGGACUGUGCCUCCUUCCUCUCCUUGAUAAGUCAGACAAGCUGAAUUUCAACUUUAUUGACCAUCAAACUAAAAUGGCCUUCAAAGAGGAGAAGGUAAAUGUGGUAUAUGGAAAGUACAUGGGGAAGACAGUAUCUCUGUGGGAACUCCUGAUGUCAGAAUACUUUGAUGAACACCAGAGGCGAGACAUCAUUCAAAAGUACAGAGAGGGGAAGCUCAAUAUCAAGACCAUUAUCACAACGGUUCUGGAAAUCAUAGAAAAGUCUGUGAAAACAACGAAUGUCAUCUUUGAGGGCAUCAGAGAAAAUGUCACAGCCAAACAGCUUGAGGAAGCAGAUAUCAUAAGUAAGGAGGUUCUGGAGGAUCUGAAAAAGGGAAAAGUGUCAGUGAAGGAUGUUAUAAAAGAUGAAAAUGUCAAUACGUACCUACAGGGUAAAAACAGCAUCGCAGGCAUUCUACUUCCUGAUUCUCAAAUCAUGACCAUCUACCAGGCCAAACAAAAAGGAAAGCUGAUGCCAGGAACGGCUCUGAUUCUACUGGAAGCACAGGCAGCAACAGGGUUCAUAAUUGACCCUAUUGGAAACAGGAAGUUUUCAGUGGAUGAUGCUGUCAAAGCAAAGAUAGUGGGGCCUGAUGUCUGUCACAAAUUGCGCUCAGCAGAGAAAGCGGUCACUGGGUACAAGAAUCCAGAUGAUGGCAAAAUAAUAUCUUUGUUCCAAGCCAUGCAAAAAGAUCUCAUCCUAAAAGACCAUGGAAUUCGGCUCCUGGAAGCACAAAUUGCGACCGGUGGGAUUAUUGACCCAGUGAACAGCCAUCGCAUUCCUGUCCAUGUGGCCUAUAAGAAGGGAUACUUUAAUGAGGAAAUGAAUGAGAUCUUGAUUGAUCCAAGUGAUGACACCAAAGGAUUCUUUGAUCCCAAUACCCUUGAGAACCUGACAUACUUGCAACUCAUGGCGAGAUGUGUCAGAGAUCCCAGUACAGGUCUGUGCCUCUUGCCACUCAAAAGCAAAAGUAACAAAAUUUCCAUAGAUGAAAAAAUAAGGGAAACGUUCAAAACAACAACAGUUACUGUUAAGUAUGGCAGGUUUAAUGGCAAGCACACAACACUGUGGGAUCUUAUCAAUUCAGAGUAUCUGACUGAGGACAAAAGACAGGAGUUUUUCAAGCUCUUCAAGUCAAGGAAAAUCACAGUCGAGCAACUCAUUGUUACCAUUUUAGAGAUCAUUGAGAGUAAGGAGAUAAAACAGCAAGCAGGGCUGAAAAUUAAAGGUCUCAGAGGAGAGGUCUCUGUUGUGGAUCUUUUGGAGCUUGAAAUCGUAGAUGAAAAAACAUACAACAGUUUGGUCGAGGGAAAGAUGACAAGCACUGAAGUAAUGAAAAUGGACAGUGUGAGAGCCUACCUACAAGGGAAAAGUUGUGUGGCUGGGGUGAUACUACAACCCUCCAAUCAGAAGCUGAGCAUCUAUGAGGCACAGAGAGUUGGCAUUCUCACACCUGGCACUGCUCUAUGCCUCCUUGAAGCACAAGCAGCCACAGGUUUCAUUGUUGAUCCUUUGAAAAACCAAAAAUUGACAGUGGAGCAAGCUCUGAGAGAGAAGGUAAUUGGUCCAGAGAUGCAUGAAAAACUUUUGACUGCAGAGAGGGCUGUCACUGGUUACAUAGAUCCAUACACUGGUCAAAAGAUCUCACUUUUCCAAGCUUUGCAAAAGGAUCUAAUUAUCAAGCAGCAUGGCAUCCGUUUACUUGAGGCCCAGCUUGCUACAGGUGGAAUCAUUGAUCCUUUGAAGUGUCUUCACUUACCCCUUAAGGUUGCAUACAGGAAAGGAUAUUUUGAUGCGGAAUUGUAUCAGAUCCUAUUAGACCCAAGUGAUGACACAAAGGGGUUUUUUGAUCCAAAGACAAAAGAGAAUCUGACAUACAUGGAGAUGUUGGGUAGAUGUGUGAAAGAUGAGGAAACAGGACUGCUUCUGCUGUCAAUGAAUGACAAACCGAAAACUACAGAAACAAAGGCAAAAAUGUACACCAACACUGAGAUAAAGCAAGAGUUUGAAAAGACUGCUGUGAGCAUAUCGGUAGGACGGUACUCAGGAAAAUCUGUUUCUCUAUGGGACUUGAUCCACUCUGGGUUUUUUACAGAGGAUCAGCAGCUUGAAUUCUUUGACAAAUACAGAACAGGGAAGAUAAACACACAAACCAUAAUCACAUUAGUGAUUUCCACCAUUGAAAAACUGGAGAGUGAAACACACAAAACAAUAAUGGGCCUGAGAAAACCUGUCUCUGCUCAACAACUACUGGAUUCUGAUAUCAUUGAUGUAGAUACAUUCAAACAGGUGAAAGAAGGAAAACUCCCUCUUGAAGAAGUGAUCAAAAGUGAAGCUGUGAGAGGAUACCUGAAGGGAACCGGAAGCAUUGCUGGAAUUAAGGUUCACCCAUCCCAGAAAGUAAUGAGCAUAUAUGAAGCAAAGAAGGAAGAUCUGUUGACACCUGGCACUGCACUUGUACUGCUUGAAGCACAGGCUGCAACAGGAUGGGUGAUUGAUCCUUUAAAAAACAAGUUUUAUGCUGUUGAUGAGGCAGCAAGAGAGAAAGUAAUAGGACCAGAUGUACAUGAGCAACUUCUCUCAGCCGAACGAGCAGUCACUGGCUACAAAGAUCCAUACACAGAUGCAACCAUAUCACUGUUUGAAGCCAUGGAUGAACAGCUGCUUGCAAGAAGUGAUGGCAUUCGUCUUCUCGAGGCACAGAUGGCAACUGGAGGAAUCAUUGAUCCAAAUCAAAGUCACAGGCUGCCUGUUCAUGUUGCUAUAAAAAAGGGAUAUCUAGAUGAAGAAAUAAGCAAAAUUCUGUUGAACCCAACUGAUGAUGCAAAGGGAUUCUUUGAUCCAAAUACCAAAGAAAACCUCUCUUACCUUCAGCUGAUAAAGCGAUGUGAGAAGGAUCCAGAAACUGGGCUACUUCUUCUAUCCCUGUAUCAAGAAGAAUCCCAUGUAUUUCACACAGAUGAGCAAAUAGAGCUUGCUUUCAAAAAUAAACCGAUCACAAUGGAUGCUGGAAAAUUUAAAAACAAAAAGGUGACAUUGUGGGAAGUGCUGGUCUCUGAAUACAUAUCAGAACAAAAAAGGGAGCAGCUCAUACAACAAUACAAAACAAAAACCAUGACAAUAGAAGAGAUCAUUGAAAUACUCACUGUUAUCAUUACUGAGGUAUCAUCCAAAGAAAGAAAGUUCAAAGGACUAAGAAAGCAGGUCUCAGCCAGUGAGUUGUAUGAGUCAAAGAUUAUCUCAAAGGAACUUUUCACACAGAUUAUACAAGGAAAGGUAACUGAAGAGAAUGUUAACAAAAUGGAAUCGAUUCAGAAGUACCUUGGAGCUACAAACUGUAUAGCAGGUGUCAGAGUUGAAUCUACAAAGAAAGUUAUGAGCAUCUACGAAGCCAAAACCAAAAGCCUGCUGACCCCUGGUACAUCUCUUGUGCUGCUGGAGGCACAGGCUGCCACUGGUUUUGUCAUCAAUCCAGUGAACAACAAAAAACUUUCUGUAGAGGAAGCUGUGGCUCAAGGAGUGGUUGGCAGUGAGUGGAAAAAGAAACUACUUUCAGCAGAAAGAGCAGUUACAGGGUACAAAGAUCCCUACACUGGAAACACAAUUUCGUUGUUCCAAGCCUUGAAAAAAGAUCUUAUUGUGAAAGAUCAUGGAAUCCGUCUCCUUGAAGCACAAAUUGCCACAGGAGGCAUAAUUGACCCAGUCCACAGUCACAGAGUGCCUGUACAAAUAGCAUACCAAAGAGGUUACUUUGAUGAAGAAAUGCAAGAGAUUCUGUCUGACCCUGAUGAUGACACCAAGGGCUUCUUUGACCCCAACACCCAAGAGAACCUCACCUAUCUUCAGCUGAUUGAGAGGUGUGUCACAGAUCCCACCACAGGCCUUAGCUUACUGGUGAUUGCAAAGAAAGGUGAGUUUUAUUUCUUUGUUGAUGAGGCAACAAAACUCAUUUUGAAAUCUACAAUGACAACCAGAGCAGGAGGGAAAUACCAAGACACAUCUGUGUCUCUGUGGGAUCUGCUCUACUCCAAAUACAUCACUGAGGAGAAGAGGAGAGAGCUUGUGCAACAGUACAAAUCUGGAUCAAUCACAAUUGAACACUUCUUGGAAAUUAUCCUGACAAUCAUUGAGAAGCAGACCACAACAACCCCAUCAUCAUCACUUGUUAUGUGCCAACCACCAGAAACAAAAGUGGAUAGCAGCACAACUACCAUCACCACUACAAUUACAGAGACAACUGAAGUUCAAAACUUCCAUGGAAUCAGAAAGGAUGUCACUGCCAAUGAGUUGCUCGAAUCAAAAAUCAUCAAUGAGGACGUCUACAAAAAUCUUACUGCUGGAAAAGUCACAGUGACAGAAAUAAGUGAAAUGGACUCAGUACGUAAGUACUUAAAGGGAACUAAUAGCAUUGCAGGAGUGUACCUGCAGUCCACCAAAGAGACCCUGAGUAUAUAUGAAGCCAAAAGUAAAGGACUGCUAACUCCUGGUACUUCUCUGGUUCUGCUGGAAGCCCAAGCUGCCACUGGCUUUGUUAUCGACCCAGUAAACAACAAGAAACUUUCUGUAGAGGAAGCUGUGGCUCAAAGAGUGGUUGGCAGUGAGUGGAAAAAUAAACUGCUUUCAGCAGAAAGGGCUGUUACAGGAUACAAAGAUCCCUACACUGGAAAAACAAUUUCGUUGUUCCAAGCCUUGAAAAAAGAUCUCAUUGUGAAAGAUCAUGGAAUUCGUCUCCUUGAAGCGCAAAUUGCCACAGGAGGCAUAAUUGACCCAGUGCACAGUCACAGAGUCCCUGUUCAGGUAGCAUAUACAAGAGGUUACUUUGAUGAAGAAAUGAACCAGAUACUGUCUGACCCCGAUGAUGACACCAAGGGCUUCUUUGACCCCAAUACCCAAGAGAACCUCACCUAUCUUCAGCUGGUUGAGAGGUGUGUCACAGAUCCCAUCACAGGCCUUAGCUUACUGGUGAUUGCAAAGAAAGGUGAGUUUUAUUUCUUUGUUGAUGAGGCAACAAAACUCAUUUUGAAAUCUACAAUGACAACCAGAGCAGGAGGGAAAUACCAAGGCACAUCAGUGUCUCUGUGGGAUCUGCUCUACUCCAAAUACAUCACUGAGGAGAAGAGGAGAGAGCUUGUGCAACAAUACAAGUCUGGAUCAAUCACAAUUGAACACUUCUUGGAAAUUAUCCUGACAAUCAUUGAGAAGCAGACCACAACAACCCCAUUGUCAUCACUUGUUAUGUGCCAACCACCAGAAACAAAAGUGGAUAGCAGCACAACUACCAUCACCACUACAGUUACAGAGAUAACUGAAGUUCAAAACUUCCAUGGAAUCAGAAAGGAUGUCACUGCCAAUGAGUUGCUUGAAUCAAAAAUCAUCAAUGAGGACGUCUACAAAAAUCUUACUGCUGGAAAAGUCACAGUGACAGAAGUAAGUGAAAUGGACUCAGUACGUAAGUACUUAAAGGGAACUAACAGCAUUGCAGGAGUGUACCUGCAGUCCACCAAAGAGACCCUGAGUAUAUAUGAAGCCAAAGGCAAAGGACUGCUAACUCCUGGUACUUCUCUGGUUCUGCUGGAAGCCCAAGCUGCCACUGGCUUUGUUAUCGACCCAGUAAACAACAAGAAACUUUCUGUAGAGGAAGCUGUGGCUCAAAGAGUGGUUGGCAGUGAGUGGAAAAAUAAACUGCUUUCAGCAGAAAGGGCUGUUACAGGAUACAAAGAUCCCUACACCGGAAAAACAAUUUCGUUGUUCCAAGCCUUGAAAAAAGAUCUUAUUGUGAAAGAUCAUGGAAUUCGUCUCCUUGAAGCGCAAAUUGCCACAGGAGGCAUAAUUGACCCAGUGCACAGUCACAGAGUCCCUGUUCAGGUAGCAUAUACAAGAGGUUACUUUGAUGAAGAAAUGAACCAGAUACUGUCUGACCCCGAUGAUGACACCAAGGGCUUCUUUGACCCCAAUACCCAAGAGAACCUCACCUAUCUUCAGCUGGUUGAGAGGUGUGUCACAGAUCCCAUCACAGGCCUUAGCUUACUGGUGAUUGCAAAGAAAGGUGAGUUUUAUUUCUUUGUUGAUGAGGCAACAAAACUUAUUUUGAAAUCUACAAUGACAACCAGAGCAGGAGGGAAAUACCAAGGCACAUCAGUGUCUCUGUGGGAUCUGCUCUACUCCAAAUACAUCACUGAGGAGAAGAGGAGAGAGCUUGUGCAACAAUACAAGUCUGGAUCAAUCACAAUUGAACGCUUCUUGGAAAUUAUCCUGACAAUCAUUGAGAAGCAGACCACAACAACCCCAUCGUCAUCACUUGUUAUGUGCCAACCACCAGAAACAAAAGUGGAUAGCAGCACAACUACCAUCACCACUACAGUUACAGAGAUAACUGAAGUUCAAAACUUCCAUGGAAUCAGAAAGGAUGUCACUGCCAAUGAGUUGCUUGAAUCAAAAAUCAUCAAUGAGGACGUCUACAAAAAUCUUACUGCUGGAAAAGUCACAGUGACAGAAAUAAGUGAAAUGGACUCAGUACGUAAGUACUUAAAGGGAACUAAUAGCAUUGCAGGAGUGUACCUGCAGUCCACCAAAGAGACCCUGAGUAUAUAUGAAGCCAAAAGUAAAGGACUGCUAACUCCUGGUACUUCUCUGGUUCUGCUGGAAGCCCAAGCUGCCACUGGCUUUGUUAUCGACCCAGUAAACAACAAGAAACUUUCUGUAGAGGAAGCUGUGGCUCAAAGAGUGGUUGGCAGUGAGUGGAAAAAUAAACUGCUUUCAGCAGAAAGGGCUGUUACAGGAUACAAAGAUCCCUACACCGGAAAAACAAUUUCGUUGUUCCAAGCCUUGAAAAAAGAUCUCAUUGUGAAAGAUCAUGGAAUUCGUCUCCUUGAAGCACAAAUUGCCACAGGAGGCAUAAUUGACCCAGUGCACAGUCACAGAGUCCCUGUUCAGGUAGCAUAUACAAGAGGUUACUUUGAUGAAGAAAUGAACCAGAUACUGUCUGACCCCGAUGAUGACACCAAGGGCUUCUUUGACCCCAAUACCCAAGAGAACCUCACCUAUCUUCAGCUGGUUGAGAGGUGUGUCACAGAUCCCAUCACAGGCCUUAGCUUACUGGUGAUUGCAAAGAAAGGUGAGUUUUAUUUCUUUGUUGAUGAGGCAACAAAACUCAUUUUGAAAUCUACAAUGACAACCAGAGCAGGAGGGAAAUACCAAGGCACAUCAGUGUCUCUGUGGGAUCUGCUCUACUCCAAAUACAUCACUGAGGAGAAGAGGAGAGAGCUUGUGCAACAAUACAAGUCUGGAUCAAUCACAAUUGAACGCUUCUUGGAAAUUAUCCUGACAAUCAUUGAGAAGCAGACCACAACAACCCCAUCGUCAUCACUUGUUAUGUGCCAACCACCAGAAACAAAAGUGGAUAGCAGCACAACUACCAUCACCACUACAGUUACAGAGAUAACUGAAGUUCAAAACUUCCAUGGAAUCAGAAAGGAUGUCACUGCCAAUGAGUUGCUUGAAUCAAAAAUCAUCAAUGAGGACCUCUACAAAAAUCUUACUGCUGGAAAAGUCACAGUGACAGAAGUAAGUGAAAUGGACUCAGUGCGUAAGUACUUAAAGGGAACUAACAGCAUUGCAGGAGUGUACCUGCAGUCCACCAAAGAGACCCUGAGUAUAUAUGAAGCCAAAGGCAAAGGACUGCUAACUCCUGGUACUUCUCUGGUUCUGCUGGAAGCCCAAGCUGCCACUGGCUUUGUUAUCGACCCAGUAAACAACAAGAAACUUUCUGUAGAGGAAGCUGUGGCUCAAAGAGUGGUUGGCAGUGAGUGGAAAAAUAAACUGCUUUCAGCAGAAAGGGCUGUUACAGGAUACAAAGAUCCCUACACCGGAAAAACAAUUUCGUUGUUCCAAGCCUUGAAAAAAGAUCUUAUUGUGAAAGAUCAUGGAAUUCGUCUCCUUGAAGCGCAAAUUGCCACAGGAGGCAUAAUUGACCCAGUGCACAGUCACAGAGUCCCUGUUCAGGUAGCAUAUACAAGAGGUUACUUUGAUGAAGAAAUGAACCAGAUACUGUCUGACCCCGAUGAUGACACCAAGGGCUUCUUUGACCCCAAUACCCAAGAGAACCUCACCUAUCUUCAGCUGGUUGAGAGGUGUGUCACAGAUCCCAUCACAGGCCUUAGCUUACUGGUGAUUGCAAAGAAAGGUGAGUUUUAUUUCUUUGUUGAUGAGGCAACAAAACUCAUUUUGAAAUCUACAAUGACAACCAGAGCAGGAGGGAAAUACCAAGGCACAUCAGUGUCUCUGUGGGAUCUGCUCUACUCCAAAUACAUCACUGAGGAGAAGAGGAGAGAGCUUGUGCAACAAUACAAGUCUGGAUCAAUCACAAUUGAACGCUUCUUGGAAAUUAUCCUGACAAUCAUUGAGAAGCAGACCACAACAACCCCAUCGUCAUCACUUGUUAUGUGCCAACCACCAGAAACAAAAGUGGAUAGCAGCACAACUACCAUCACCACUACAGUUACAGAGAUAACUGAAGUUCAAAACUUCCAUGGAAUCAGAAAGGAUGUCACUGCCAAUGAGUUGCUUGAAUCAAAAAUCAUCAAUGAGGACCUCUACAAAAAUCUUACUGCUGGAAAAGUCACAGUGACAGAAGUAAGUGAAAUGGACUCAGUACGUAAGUACUUAAAGGGAACUAACAGCAUUGCAGGAGUGUACCUGCAGUCCACCAAAGAGACCCUGAGUAUAUAUGAAGCCAAAAGUAAAGGACUGCUAACUCCUGGUACUUCUCUGGUUCUGCUGGAAGCCCAAGCUGCCACUGGCUUUGUUAUCGACCCAGUAAACAACAAGAAACUUUCUGUAGAGGAAGCUGUGGCUCAAAGAGUGGUUGGCAGUGAGUGGAAAAAUAAACUGCUUUCAGCAGAAAGGGCUGUUACAGGAUACAAAGAUCCCUACAGAAAAACAAUUUCGUUGUUCCAAGCCUUGAAAAAUCUCAUUGUGAAAGAUCAUGGAAUUCGCCUCCUUGAAGCGCAAAUUGCCACAGGAGGCAUAAUUGACCCAGUGCACAGUCACAGAGUCCCUGUUCAGGUAGCAUAUACAAGAGGUUACUUUGAUGAAGAAAUGAACCAGAUACUGUCUGACCCCGAUGAUGACACCAAGGGCUUCUUUGACCCCAAUACCCAAGAGAACCUCACCUAUCUUCAGCUGGUUGAGAGGUGUGUCACAGAUCCCAUCACAGGCCUUAGCUUACUGGUGAUUGCAAAGAAAGGUGAGUUUUAUUUCUUUGUUGAUGAGGCAACAAAACUCAUUUUGAAAUCUACAAUGACAACCAGAGCAGGAGGGAAAUACCAAGGCACAUCAGUGUCUCUGUGGGAUCUGCUCUACUCCAAAUACAUCACUGAGGAGAAGAGGAGAGAGCUUGUGCAACAAUACAAGUCUGGAUCAAUCACAAUUGAACGCUUCUUGGAAAUUAUCCUGACAAUCAUUGAGAAGCAGACCACAACAACCCCAUCGUCAUCACUUGUUAUGUGCCAACCACCAGAAACAAAAGUGGAUAGCAGCACAACUACCAUCACCACUACAGUUACAGAGAUAACUGAAGUUCAAAACUUCCAUGGAAUCAGAAAGGAUGUCACUGCCAAUGAGUUGCUUGAAUCAAAAAUCAUCAAUGAGGACCUCUACAAAAAUCUUACUGCUGGAAAAGUCACAGUGACAGAAGUAAGUGAAAUGGACUCAGUACGUAAGUACUUAAAGGGAACUAACAGCAUUGCAGGAGUGUACCUGCAGUCCACCAAAGAGACCCUGAGUAUAUAUGAAGCCAAAGGCAAAGGACUGCUAACUCCUGGUACUUCUCUGGUUCUGCUGGAAGCCCAAGCUGCCACUGGCUUUGUUAUCGACCCAGUAAACAACAAGAAACUUUCUGUAGAGGAAGCUGUGGCUCAAAGAGUGGUUGGCAGUGAGUGGAAAAAUAAACUGCUUUCAGCAGAAAGGGCUGUUACAGGAUACAAAGAUCCCUACACCGGAAAAACAAUUUCGUUGUUCCAAGCCUUGAAAAAAGAUCUCAUUGUGAAAGAUCAUGGAAUUCGUCUCCUUGAAGCGCAAAUUGCCACAGGAGGCAUAAUUGACCCAGUGCACAGUCACAGAGUCCCUGUUCAGGUAGCAUAUACAAGAGGUUACUUUGAUGAAGAAAUGAACCAGAUACUGUCUGACCAUGAUGACACCAAGGGCUUCUUUGACCCCAAUACCCAAGAGAACCUCACCUAUCUUCAGCUGGUUGAGAGGUGUGUCACAGAUCCCAUCACAGGCCUUAGCUUACUGGUGAUUGCAAAGAAAGGUGAGUUUUAUUUCUUUGUUGAUGAGGCAACAAAACUCAUUUUGAAAUCUACAAUGACAACCAGAGCAGGAGGGAAAUACCAAGGCACAUCAGUGUCUCUGUGGGAUCUGCUCUACUCCAAAUACAUCACUGAGGAGAAGAGGAGAGAGCUUGUGCAACAAUACAAGUCUGGAUCAAUCACAAUUGAACGCUUCUUGGAAAUUAUCCUGACAAUCAUUGAGAAGCAGACCACAACAACCCCAUCGUCAUCACUUGUUAUGUGCCAACCACCAGAAACAAAAGUGGAUAGCAGCACAACUACCAUCACCACUACAGUUACAGAGAUAACUGAAGUUCAAAACUUCCAUGGAAUCAGAAAGGAUGUCACUGCCAAUGAGUUGCUUGAAUCAAAAAUCAUCAAUGAGGACCUCUACAAAAAUCUUACUGCUGGAAAAGUCACAGUGACAGAAGUAAGUGAAAUGGACUCAGUGCAAGUACUUAAAGGAACUAACAGCAUUGCAGGAGUGUACCUGCAGUCCACCAAAGAGACCCUGAGUAUAUAUGAAGCCAAAGGCAAAGGACUGCUAACUCCUGGUACUUCUCUGGUUCUGCUGGAAGCCCAAGCUGCCACUGGCUUUGUUAUCGACCCAGUAAACAACAAGAAACUUUCUGUAGAGGAAGCUGUGGCUCAAAGAGUGGUUGGCAGUGAGUGGAAAAAUAAACUGCUUUCAGCAGAAAGGGCUGUUACAGGAUACAAAGAUCCCUACACCGGAAAAACAAUUUCGUUGUUCCAAGCCUUGAAAAAAGAUCUUAUUGUGAAAGAUCAUGGAAUUCGUCUCCUUGAAGCGCAAAUUGCCACAGGAGGCAUAAUUGACCCAGUGCACAGUCACAGAGUCCCUGUUCAGGUAGCAUAUACAAGAGGUUACUUUGAUGAAGAAAUGAACCAGAUACUGUCUGACCCCGAUGAUGACACCAAGGGCUUCUUUGACCCCAAUACCCAAGAGAACCUCACCUAUCUUCAGCUGGUUGAGAGGUGUGUCACAGAUCCCGUGACAAGCCUCAGUUUACUCCCCUUGCACAGGUGAAGGAAACCUUUCUAGAAGCAUUAACUGUUGAGUUUUGUUAAUUUUUAACCUUCAGUUUACUCAGAAUUGCAGUUAGUGCCAUCUUCUUCUGCUUGUAACAUCAUUUUACUGCGUUAUUUCAAUAGGCAUUCAAGGUUGCCCUUAAAGACAUCUUGAGAGAAAGAUACAUGUAUACUGUACUGUGCGGAAUAAUGUUUGUUUUUCAAGACUGAGAUGGUCCUUAAAAAUUGUCUCAUUUAAUGUACAACAUACAUAUAGGAACUUUUAUGUUAGUUAUACUUGAUUAGAUAUGUCAAAUGUCUGCUAUUAAAAAGCCAAAUGGCUUUAUAUGAGUCAAUUCUAAAAAGUAUAGAAUGUAUUUGUUGCCUUUUCAUGUUUUCAGUCACUUCGUAAUUACCUAAUUCUGAUCUCUGACAGCAUACCGGGCAAUCUAAUAACUGCAUUUUGGAUUUGCAAUACUUUUAAUGUUUUUUUAUUUGUGGAGUCUAAAGAUUGGAUUGAUUUUACAUUGAUGUAACAAGAGCAUACUUGUAGCUUGCCUGUACAAACAUGAUUCAGUUAUGUGUUAUAACAUGCAGGCAAGGCUUUUCUUACUAAAAACUUUUGUUUCCAAAGUAAACUAUGCAUUGCUUUAACCUCACUUGGAGGCCAGCCAUUGUUUUUUUGUGCUAUUGUAAAAUGGUUGCAAACUGUUGUGUGUGGCCCAAUAAAGAAAUGAAAUAUAA